AUGGAGAAUUUUGUCGAAGAUGUCAAGUCUUUGACAAAAAUUCUAACGAAUUUAGAGCACUGCUCUCCUUCAGAAGUUACAGAAUCUAAAUUUGCUACUGUCGAUUCGCAGCACGAGUUUUCGGUCUGGUUUGUACCGCCCAGAACAUUCCAUCCUUUACGAAGAAUCGUUGGAAAAAAUCCAGAAGCGUUUCUACUCGUUGGUAGGAGUUUUGAAGAUAAAACUUCCCAGUUGGCACGGUACAAGAUUCAACGAGUUCCAGUGGGCACCCCUCUGUCGCAAGAACUUUUUUAUCUCACAAACAGCGAACCUUUACAAUCUUACACGGGAAUAAACAAAGAGGAUAGCCAAGAAAAACGUGGAGUUGUGACCGAAUGGCUGUUGUCUGCAGAAAACCUUCAUCCAACUUCGUUACAAGAAGCGAGGUAUUUCCUUUCCCUCUACGCGAAUGCCCUUAGAGGUUCUUUAAAACGUGUAGAUGUAUGGGUAUGUGUAGAUGGAAACAAUUCUCAAGAGAUAUCAUACCUUGCAGCCAUCUCUGAAAAUCACAAUGCCAAGUUCAUGAGACAUGUUAUCUUUACAAGUAAAAGUGAACCAGUAACAAGGAAGGAGGAUUUGCCUGAGCUUAGUUUGUUCCUACGCCAACAUCACUCAUCAAGUGCGCCGACUGCCUUUGUGGAAAUCCAGGGAUAUGCCCUUCACGAGAUUAUGGGCUCCCUCCAAUCCGAGAAUCAAGAAUGUGGGCAUAGUCAGAUCACUGUGGAGCUGACAUGGACUGGGGUUAAAUCCCUACUACAACCUCAUCCGCAUUCAUGUGAUGGUGUUCUUCAUAUCAAGAGCAUUCCUGGAAGCGUCCAUCUGUCCACUCAUACUCUAUACUUGGAAAUAAAGAGAGUUGAUCUCUUCUCCAAGAUCUUAGAGAAUGAAAAUUUACCAUGGCCUGAAGCAAACGCUUUGAAUGCAAGCCCAGUGUCAAGUCAAAUGGAUGACUUCAUUGCUAAGUUAAGUUCCAGUAAUGUAUUCUCUCCUACAGUUGAAGAAGAACUGGAUAAAGACAACCAUGAUGAAGAAACUAACUUUGCUGAUGCUACGAUGGCUCACUUAACCUUCCAAGAGUUUUCUCGCAAGGAUUUGGAUUUCUCUGAAAGGCUUUGGCUCAUAUUGAAAGACUGCCUUGAUGAAGAUGACCUCGUUUCUUCACUAAAAAUAUGCAAUGGAGCUCUUUUCAGUGGCAAAUGUCAACCUGUUUUUCACAGUUCAAACAUGACAUCCCUAGCUGUAUUUGCCAGGGAACUGCUACAGUCUGAGACCAAAGAAGACCAAGAGAAGCUCCAAAACAAAGCCAAGCAAUUCCUUUCUCCUGACGCAGCUAUCAGGUGCUUGGUAGAAAUUGGAGCUGAGAAACUUGCCAGAGACUACACUCAAUACUUCAUGCACGAGGAGCUGGCAACCAUGGGGCAACUAGCCAGUUACGUUAACAGUGAUAUUCCUCUUGCCAUCAGAGUCUCAAACAUCAAGAAACUCCAUCAAACUUUGGAACUGGUUGUAACUGCUAAGUCAGUGGCUAGACUCAGCCAUGAAAACCUGCGAUCCUUGACACAGAGUGCUUUAAGCUACUACCAAUGUCACCCAGACAGCCAGCAAGCAACAUUUUCUCUAUCCCUGCCAGCUUUUGGAUCAACUGCUGGGGCAGCAGUCAAGAGUAUCUGUGCUUCUUCUAAACCUGCAGUUUGGUGUGCUGCCAUCACAUCAAAAACAAAGACAAGAAGUCACACAACGAUCGUCCAGUUAAGUUCAAAUCAAACAUGUAAUAACUUCAGAUCUGAUACUCUUGAUUAUGAUGAUACCGAGUUAAAUGUGGAAGACUUUGAUCCAGACAAGGACAAAUUUCAGUACUAUGUUUCCUGUGCUAAGCAAGUGUUGAUGCCCAUUAUUCAGUGAGCAUAAACUAUAUGUAUUUGGACUUGACUGAUGAUACAGUAUACUGGAGCUAAAAAUAUAAAUACUCUUGCCUUAAAGAAAAGAUCAUGGUCAACAUCACGAGUGACUGAAUCAUGAGACAAAUAAUUGUUCGCUACCAUGAGAAAAAAAAUUAGUCAAGGCAAAAAUAGACACCUGUUAAAAUAAACAAGUUAUUGUCACAUGUAAAGGUAUGUUUUGGCACGAAGCUCACCUUGUAUUUCAUUGGUGAUUAUAUGAUAAAGAACUAGUACUACAUGUAAAGAAAACAAAAUUAUCUGCAUUCUUGAAAUAGAAAUUAUGAUAAAUACUGUUUGUACCAAACAGUUUAUCACCGUGUAGAACUUUGUAAUUUACUUGGUGUCUUUGAAAUACUUUAAAAAGGAAAAGGCAUAAAGAGGUGAUUGAACUCGUACUAGCUUUUAGGGAGGUAAGUCCAAUUUUUUUUACAUACAUUGUACCGACCCUUUGCUACCCACCACAACCACCCCUCCUCUCCUCAAAAAAAAUAAAUCAAGAAAAGGAAAAUAGUGCAUUAUGGCCUUGGCAUGGUUUCAUCCUUGAAUUUGAGGAAAGGAAAGUUUCCUAUUCUAUUUUGUCCUGUCCAAGGGCCUGUUUCCCGAAAGCCCUGGUAACUCUUUGGGCCCAGAAAGCUGCUUAGUGUUUGCCAUCUUUGUAUUCAGGAUCAAAGUUUCAAUAAUUUUGAAAAUCUGAUACAAUGAAACUAUCAGUUAAUGAGGCAAAAUUGACUGGUUGUGCGCAAGGAACUCUGCUGAUAUUCAAUAGGUUUUCAUUUUAAAAUUUGCCUUUGGGUCUGAAAAGUUUCCACAUCCUUGAGAAACAGGCCAAGGUGAGGUGAGCAGUUGGUGGCACAAAAUAGGUUUUGUGGAUGAAACAGUUCUACAGGGUUCUUACAGGUCAUGGAAAACCUGGAGAGUCAUGAAAUUUAAGAAUUUCAUUUUCCAGGCCUGGAAAGUCAUGGAAUUUUUAAAUUCCUUUCCGGGACCAACAAUUUUAGUCAUGGAAAAUUAAAGCUGUCUGUUAGAUUAGUCGCUGCAGAUGUUAAAGCAAGGACGAUGUAAGACAGAGACAAGUUAUUAAACAGUGCAAAUGGCACGCAUUUUUGUGGACACCAGAGUUGUCUGUUGUACUGAGUUAGGUCACUGAAAUGCCCUAAAAGAAGGGAAAUUUUUAAUGUGGCGGCUAAACCUAUGGUCAUGAAAAACUUGGGAAAGUCGUGGAAUUUCAAGAGCUCAAAAGAGUACGAACCCUGUUCUAGAGGGAGAAUGCCCAUUCCAUCAUAACCUUUCCGUAUUAUUUUAAUUUAUAGAUUUAGCCAGAGCUACAAGUGAAGUCUCCGUUUAUGCAUGCAAAUAUGACUUGAGAACUAGCUGAAAAGCAUAAACUAGAGCCUAUGGUCAAUAUUAAAGCUAAUAACUGAUCACCAAAAAAACCUACAAAAAACAGUGACCUUAAUGAAUUGGCACCUGGGCUUGUGAUGCAGUCGUGUUAUCCUGGUCAGUUGACACCCUGUUUUUGACAGCUGUCAAUUGACAAUAAAAUGAACGCUAGAAAAUAAGUGUGUCACAUUGGUUGUCCUGUGGUGAGGACGGAUUGGCGGAAGCGCGUACGGUCACGUGACUACGGACAUUCUGCAAAUAAAACUCCCCAAAACAAAAUUUCUUUUCUUUCUUUUUCUUUUUAACCACGAUAGAGGAGCGCGUAGAGACUAAAAGACGGCUGUAUGUAUUCCCAUAACCACGGCCCGGCGGGGUAUUGAAAAAAAAAUUGAUGAGGUUACUUACCCUCCCUUCCCCUGUUCACCCUUUUCGCUUUCUGUGCUCUGCAUUCUUCCACAUGAAUGUUACAAGCGGGGAUCACAAGCGGGACAGUUUCCGUUAGCGUUAUCUGGCCGUCAUGUCAAGUCAAGGCCAAAAGCAAAGAAUGGCCAUGAAACGGUCGGCAAGCUACAAUGGGUUUUCCUUCGGAUUGCCUUCCAAAAUCGACGAACUAACAAUCGACGAUAGUUUAUUACAACCUUCGCUAUUUUUAGGCGGAUGGAAUCUGCCUUUCCACAGACGUGACCUGGUGAGAUCUCCAAACCACGGAGUAGAUUGCCCCAUUUCAAAUGGGUUUCCAGGCGGCUUUGAGGGUUUAAAAAAAGCCGAUGUUAGUUUAACCGAGUUAAGCGAUGCCUCUAGCGGGAGCGAUUCGGCAUGGCACGAAGAAUUUCUUCGCUUGAGGCGACAGGAAAUGGCGUUUGAGAAGGACAAGGCAAGGCUCUCCGAAGAGGUCAAGGCACUUACACUGAGGUUGGAAUUAGAGGAAGAUCUGAGGCGCAAUGAUAAAGAAUGUAUGGAUAUUUUGAGAGGUCACAUAUCUGCCCUGGAAGGAAAACUCCAGGGAAGCGAGAAGAAGAUAAGAGAAUUGGAACAUGAGAAGCAGCGAGUGGAAUUAAGCGAAGUAAGCUCUGCGUUGACAACCGCAUCAACACGCGAGUAUACGCUCGUGAAAGCGCGCUUGGAUGCGAGUCAAGCUACUGUUCAGGCGCUUGAAGCGGACCUAAAGCUGAUGAAAAAUGAACGAUCCAAGUUUGAAAGUCAGAGAAAGGAAUCACAAGAUCUUGUAAUUAAACUUGAGCAUCAACUUGGCUGUGCAAAUAAAGAGCUUCAGCGCCGAGAAAAUCGAAUAAACGAACUCGUCGAAGAAAGAAGGUCCUUGGAGGAUUACCAGAUAAAAUCGCGUAGUCUUCAGAGAAAAGACCAGAAAUCCUCUUAUGCUCUGCAAACCCAAAUUGUUAACCUUCAAGAAAAGUUAGAAAUUUCGGAAAGAGCAAAUGAAGAACUGGCCAGCGAAAAAGUGAACUUGAAAGACAAAGUUAAUCAACUUGAAAACAAGAUUAAAGAGUUGGAAGGAAGCUAUCGUUUGAAACUUGAGAAAGCCUUAGAAAGAGUGAAAACAAUAAAGGAAAUAAACUAUACCACUGAAGAGGACAAUCAGCUUAAUUCAGUGAGUGAUAAUUCUCAAACCAGCCAUACACAUUUUUCAGCUGGAGAAAGCAACCCCACUGUAAAAGAAGGUAAUGACAUGUCGGAACUUAAAAGACUCAGCUCUGCUUUGUUAGUAGAGCUAAACAAGCAGCUAGGAGAAAACUCUUCCACUGGAAUUGAUCUGGAACAUUUAAAGAGUGUUUUGAACAAAGUUGUUAUGCAGUUUGCUAGUGGUACAUUAGAGGCCCCUCCUGGGAACAAAUUCUUAGAGAGACCAUUGAAGUUGGGGACAGUUUCCAAGGAGUCCUCUCAGGAAAGGACCAUAUGGGAAAAGGCCCAACAGGAUGUAAGUUAAAUAAGAGUGGGGUCAUGAGUUGACCCCAUUCUUGCCCCCAGAUGCUACAAAUACCCCUUUACAUCUUUACAGUACGACUAUUCAGGGUUGUUGAAAGAAGCCGGCUGCUGGCAAAAAUCGCUGCCUACUUGGUUAGUAUCAGCUGGCUACUCUGCUUGGCAUUUCUUUGCGAACAGUGUUUUUUAAAUAAAUAUCCCUAGACUGGCCGCUUACUUUGACAACUCAGCCGUCUACUUCAAAUCUUUCUGACAACCCUGCUAUUAUAACCAGGGUCACCAAGACAAAGUUGACCUUGGAACGUAAUUUACUAACUUUGAAGAGCUUCAUGAAUUUCACCCUAAGUGUGGGGGGAAGGGGUAUGCCACAAAGUUUUAUGCUGGGAGGCUGCACCCAAAGGCCCCACCCCUUUUCCUUAUACAAUUUUGGACAGAAAUGUUACCCCUUUCAUACACCUCCUCACCCCCCCCCCCCCCCCCCCCCCUUUUUUUUUUUUUUUUUUUUUUCUCCCCCCAUGUCUUAAAAAAAAAAAUAAAAAAAAAAAUAUAAAAAAUAAACAUUUAUAAAAAAAAAAAAAAAAUAAUUUUUUUUUUUAUAAUAUUUAUUUUUUAAAUAACUAUAAUUAUUUGAAUGUUAUCAGAACUUCUCCCCGGGGGGGGGGGGAGAGGCGUCCCCCCCAGUGUUUUUGUGGGGGCGGUCCCCCCCAAAGCCCCCCCCCCUUUUCCUUUCACCUUUUUGGACAAAGUUUUUCCCCUUUUCACACCCCCCCACCCCCCCCCCCCCCCUUUCUUUUUAUUUGCUUAAUGCUCUACACAGCUAAGUGUAUACAAAGAAUUUAAAGUGAAACAUUGAACUGCACAUUAUUAUAACUAAGAAAUAAUAAUUAUUAUUAUUACAUGCAAUCAAUUCUCUUCCAAAAUUCAGAUGUAUUGAGACCUUGCUCUUGGAAGAGACCCCCUCAGUUCUUGUAAGCAACCAACCAAUAAUUCUUGUGAGCAACUGCUAAAUCGUCUCAUUUUGGGUGGUCACCUACGGGAGGUUUGGCUGGUCUUUUAUUUAUUUUUUUCUUUUUCAUAUUCAGCAAAAUUAUGAAAUAUUGGGGAAUCUCAUACAUUGGAAAAAAUUUGAAUUUUCCAAAUUAUUUGGUUCGUACUCACUGUUACUGGGCUCAAAAUGUUGGGCAUAUUAGUCCAGGCUCAGAUUAUUAAAACGUUGGAUAGGGCAAUCCAACGGAUAAAUCACUAUCUAGUGGAUAAGUAUUAGGAAAAUCAAUUUAUUGCACUAUCCAGUGGAAAGCUUUAUCAAUCUUUUGAACAACUGAGGCCAGAUGUGAAGCUAUGUAAAACAGCUGACCAUAAAAAAUACUGGAGAUAAUACCAUUAUUCACCCUAUUUAAAUAGUAUUCUUAAAAUUUUAUUUUUAUUUGUAGAUAAGCAGGAGUCACAGCAAGAGCCUGGAAAGGUAAUAAGCUCCAAUUUACUCUUAAAAAAAAAUUAAGGGUUCAUUAAGAAGUUAAUUUGAUUUUAAACCACGUCCCAGAAAUUGAAACCAUGGCCUCCUACUUUGCAGGCCAGUGGUUUACCAACUAAGCUUAUCCUGCCACCUUUGAAACUAAACAAAUAUAUAUUAAAUAGUAAACUUCUAAUGAGAGAUGCAGUCCCUGUUUAGUUGAGUGAAGGUCUAGUAAUAUAACAAUGUAAUUUAUAUUCUUGCUUCAGUGCACCUGCAAGGGCGCCACUAUUUAUGGUCCAGAAGGUGACAAGAGAGAAAUUCACUACAUAUCGUCCUGAUCUGUGGGAGAAAAGACAGAUGGCCUCCAAAUCCAGGUCACAUUUGAGAACAAGAAGGAAAAAUGCUGAAAUGGAUGCCGGCGACAAGGAACAAAAAUAA